AUGGAAGAUCGUAUAAUUCGAAGGCGAUUUUUUAUUCACUUUUUUUUAAAGGUCGUUUUAUGUAACCUCUUCAGUUUGAGGAAGGAAAUUUUUUUUUUCUUUUUCUACCUUCUCUUUCCCUUUUCCAUUUCUUCUCUCUUUUUUCACCUUCUCUCCUGUUCCUUCCCUGUUUUGAAGUUUUCAGUUUUAUUCACUUCGCCUUUCUUUUUAUUUUUUUUCUUUCUCUUUUUUCUUUUUCUUUAUCGUCGCCUCCCUCUGUUUGUCUUUUCUCUCUCUUUUUAUGCCAUCUCCUCAUCCUCUUUUCUUUCUCCUUCUUCUUCUUCUUCUUCUUCUUCUUCUUCUUCUUCUUUUUCAUUCUUCCUUCUUAUAAAUUCCCUUCUUUCUUCAUCAAUAGUUUGUCUUUCCUUUUUACUCUUAUUCUUCUUCAUUCUUCUACUUUUUUCUACUUCUUUCACUUUCUUCCUUUACCCUCCAUCUUCCUUCUUCUUCCUUUACCCUCCGUCUUCCUUCUUUUUCUUUCUUUCUUUCUCUUCUUCCUUUUUCUUCUUCCUCCUUCUUCUUUUUCCUUCUUCUUCGUUCUUCUUUCUUCUUCUUUCUUCUUCUUCUUCUUUCUUCCUCUUCGUCCUCCUUCUUCUUUUUACUUCUUCUUUCUUCUGCUUCCUUUUUCAUUCUUCCUUCUUUCUCUUCUUCUUCUUCCUCCUCCUCCUACCUUUUUCUUCUUCCUCACCCUUCUUUCUUCUUCCUCCUUCUUUUUCCUUUUUCUUCUUUCUUCUUCCUUUUUCAUUCUUUUUUCUUUCUCUUUUUCUUCUUCCUCCUCCUCCUUUCUUUUUCUUCUUCCUCCCUCUUCUUUCUUCUUCCUCCUCCUUCUUUCUUCUUCUUCCUUCACCUUUAUCUCCUCUUUCUUUUUUUCCUUUCUUCUUUUUACUCCUUCCUUCUUCCAAAUUCUCGCUUCCUCUCUUUACUUACUUUUCUUUCUUUUGA